GGGGCGAGAGGUCAGAGAUCGGCGCGGCGCCCCGGAAGUGGAAGCCGGCGGUGCGCUGCCUUCCAUUCUCUCGCAGCCCGCGGCGCGCACGAGGUGUUCCCGCGUGGGCCUGCGUUUCUCGGGCCGCCGCCGCGCGCCCCGUCGCCAUGAGCCUGCCCCUCAACCCAAAGCCCUUCCUCAACGGGCUGACGGGGAAACCGGUGAUGGUGAAACUGAAGUGGGGGAUGGAGUACAAGGGCUACCUCGUCUCCGUUGACGGCUACAUGAACAUGCAGCUUGCGAACACAGAAGAGUAUAUCGAUGGUGCGCUGUCUGGACACCUGGGGGAAGUUUUGAUAAGGUGCAAUAAUGUUUUGUACAUCAGAGGUGUGGAAGAAGAGGAAGAAGAUGGAGAAAUGAGAGAAUGAUGUUUUGUAUGUCUGCAAAUAAAGUUUUUUCUUUUUUUUUUCUUUU